AUGGUGACCAAGAAAGAACUUGUUCCUGCUUUCAUAGUUUACUGUUUUGGAAUGAAUCAGGCACAUGAAAAGGCAAUUGCAGUACAAUUUGACAAAGAUUCUAAGGCAAUAACAACCUUCUUCAAUAAGAUGAUUAUGUUUUCAUUACAGAACGAUGAAGUGGAGUUUGUGCGAACGGGCUAUGGGAAGGAUAUGGUAAAAGUUCUCCACAUUCAAAGAGAUGGAAAAUAUCACAGCAUUAAAGAGGUGGUGACUUCAGUGCAACUUACUCUGAGUUCCAAAAAGGAUUACCUGUAUGGAGACAAUUCAGACAUCAUUCCUACAGACACCAUCAAGAACACAGUUCAUGUCAUAGCAAAGUUCAAAGGGAUCAAAACCAUAGAAAACUUUGCUUUGAAUAUCUGUGAGCAUUUCCUUUCUUCUUUUAACCAUGUCCUCCGAGCUCAUGUCUACGUGGAAGAGAUCCCUUGGAAACGUUUUGAAAAGAAUGGAGUUAAACAUAUUCAUGCAUUUAUUCACACUCCCACUGGAACACACUUCUGUGAGGUUGAACAGAUGAGGAGCGGAUCUCCAAUCAUUCAUUCUGGAAUCAAAGACCUCAAGAUCUUGAAAACAACCCAGUCUGGAUUUGAAGGAUUCCUGAAAGACCAGUUCACCACCCUUCCUGAGGUGAAGGACAGAUGCUUUGCCACCCAAGUGUACUGCAAGUGGCGCUAUCACCAGAGCAGACACGUGGACUUUGAAGCUACUUGGGACAUUGUUCGAGACAUCAUCCUGGAGAAAUUUUCUGGGCCUUAUGACAAAGGCGAGUACUCACCCUCCGUCCAGAAGACCCUCUAUGAUAUCCAGGUGCUCACGCUGAGCCGGAUUCCCGAGAUAGAAGACAUGGAAAUCAGCUUGCCAAAUAUUCACUACUUUAACAUAGACAUGACCAAAAUGGGCCUGAUCAACAAGGAAGAGGUCUUGCUGCCAUUAGAUAAUCCAUAUGGUAAAAUUACUGGUACAGUCAAGAGGAAGCUGUCUUCAAGGCUGUGA